AUGAGCAAGACCGCUCCGACGUCACCGAAAGCGCUAUCGCCACGACCUACCUCAAGACGCAUUCGGACAAUCAGUUGGGCGGACCAGAUUCCAAAGCAAGCCGCAAAAUCACCGCUUCCAUCAUCUGAUCUCGACGUCGGAGAGGCGCAAACGAGGCACGGCUCCGAAAUCGCACCACUGUUUGCGCAAGAAGACUUCGAUAGCUCCCCAAGCAGCUCGACACUCUCCCUCAACUCGCCUUUCUCUUCUAGUCCACACCUCCCCGUACAACCUCGCACACAACGACCCGAAAUCGCUAACACCAUGCCAACUAGUCUACGCGACCUCUCACCAUUCAAGGGUAAACCCCUCUGGGAGCCCGACGACGAUGAAUGGGCUGAGCUAGACGCUGCCCACAUCUCCUCCACUUUCAAAGCGACCUUCAGGGACCCCAGCCAACGCAGUCCGCAAAAACCGACCAACACCAGCACCAUAUCCCGCUUCAGCGAAACACUUACAUCGCUCCUCCCCUCCUCCCCCACAAAACGCGCUUCCGAUGCCCUCCUCCGCGAAGAAGAAGCUCUGCGAGACAAACUAGACGAACUGCAGAACACAUACUACUCCAAUCCUGCCGGCGACAUUUGCGACAAAGUCAUGACCUCUGUCUUCCUGCCCGGCUCCCAGUACUUCCACUACGACCAGAGCAGAGAUUCCGUCCGCGCUCCCCACGUCAUCGAUCUAGAAGCAUAUUUCCAUACCCAGAACCCGCUCGUUGGAGCCGCGUACCCGCGUCUCAGCGACGCCAUCGCCACGAUCCUUAGUCACACAAACAAGGAGUGUAUAGAAGCGUUCCUAGAUCCACGAGUGGAAGAGUUCGUGUAUAGACGGGAGGUGGAGAGGAACAAAGCAGGCAGUAUCUUUGUGAUUAGGAGGAUGGGGAAUACCGUCAUUGCAGGCUCCUACCGCAACCUAGGCUUCUCACUCUCCUGGACCCUCUAUGUCAAAGCCGUGAUCGGCGCAACAGGCCUGUGGUACGACACUUAUGCUUCACCUGUAGCAGGCUCGACUCCAAUCGUCGAUGGCGUACCGGCUUGGGAUACUUUUGUACCUAUUGGCACCGACGACCCAUGCUUACAACUAUCAUCCGACCCGGCUCAGCCCGCCACAUCACCCCGAAAGAUUGUCUUAGCCAGUCCUCGUCCGCAGAAGAAGGAGAUAAAAGAGGACAACGAUGAGAUCAGUCCUACGAAUGAGAAGUUCGUGCUUUAUCAGAGUAGGACGCUUGCGAGGUAUUUGCUGAGGGAUGUUUGGAUUAGGCUUGAGGGGCGGUAUGAGUGUAAGGCUACGUGGGAGGUUGAUGGGGUGGAGAGGGAGGUUAGGCUGAGGAGGGCGUUGGUAGGGUUUGGGGAUGAGGAUGAUGAGUAG